AUUCUUGAAGGGCACAAAGUUGUUUUGGAUUUGUGACUUUAUAUCCAUUUUGCACUGCAAAGACUUACAUUUUCUCUUCCGUUUUAACUUGUAUAAUCUUGUUCAUCACUACAAGCAGCCAUUUAUCUGUAAAUACGUUUCAGUCAAGUUUACCUGGUGAAAAGUGACUUCCAUGGGAUCAAUGGCGGUCGAAAACAAAUAUUCGUCCUCUCAAAUAUUGUGUGAAUUCUGGUCUUUUAUUACUUGAAUUGAUUCAAACUUGCCGUUUAGUAAAAGAUACAAGUACAAUAGCAUUGCCAUGUCUGGUUUUGCCCCRUUUGGGAGAGACGAUCAACCUCUUCUUGAUGUAAAGAUCGUCGGUGGAAAACGUGUAGAGGUUGCUGUCGACCAGUAUGGCAGACCUUUGAAAGGAGAAACAAAAGCUAAAACURACGAUCGAACAAGGUUUACUCGGUCGUUAUCCGAAGAAAGAAAUGUAAAUAAUUUCAGAUCAUCUCCAAGUUCAUCCGUACCACCGUGGAUACGAGGAGAAACACCACCAAAAAAGGUUUUAAAACCAUUAGAAACGAGCCCAGCCACUACAAGAAGAAGCAGUGGAUCAAGCUCGAGGUCUUCUGGUAUUAUUCCUGCGGCUCCGAUGGUACUACCACCCAUURCUAGGCAAAUAACUCCAGAAAUCAAUUCUGAUAAUAAAAAACAUUCCUCUAUAUUACUGGAAGAGGUUAGGGCAAAGCUGCAAGGUCUAGAUACUGCGAAAUUGAAGGAUGCAUAUUUACACUUUUCAGGACUAGAUUCGACUUUAACUGGGUUUGUARAUGUCAAUCAAGUUGCACAUGUGUUUUUACAGUAUAGAAUUCCCAUUGAWGGCAAUCAUUUAGAUGCGUUAACAUCAAAGUUCAUGGCAGCAAGAAGACCAAACUGGGUCAAUUACGAACAAAUGUUGAAAUAUGUCAAUAGUCUUAUAAGAAAUGAAAAAAGGAUGGAAGCAAAGGUGCCUAUACUUGACUUAAGCUCUCAUUCAAGUGUCGACAACAAUCAGGAAAUAGCAUUAAAACCCAAUCAAGUGUCACCUCGCAUUAUUAAUGAUGGCAGUAUAAGUGGUCGGCAGAGUAAAAUACUUGUUAGCAAUGCAUUUCAAGACAGACAAGAUGCUCAUUUGUUAGUAGAGAUGGAGAGACUUUUAAAACAAGUGAAUAACAUCAAUGAAUUAAUGUGGACUUUAAAAGAAACCCUUAAUGACGUUGAUCAAAAUGGAAAUACUAUMAUAAACACACAAAAGCUAAAAUCAAUUUGCCUAAGACAUCAUCUACCCUUCAAUGGYUCAUUACUGGACAGAAUUCUGGACAGAUUUGAUCCAAGAGGAACUGGUAAAGUUGACUGGACAGAGUUUAUAACAUUUGUAGACAGAGCAAUACCCUUGACSACCAGCAACAGUCCUGUAUCUAGUUUCAAUCAGUCUCGACAGAGUACAAGMCAUAGUGCUGUGGAUACACCUCCUUCUCGGCCAAGCUGGGAGACUCGACAACCAUUGCAAGCAUUGUCUAAAAGAGAACAAGUUAUUCCUAAAGCUGCUGCAUUACAGCAAGAACAGAUGUAUGACGAGCACAAACGAUUGCUUGGUGAGUCUUCUACCUUUUAUAUAAUAUGGGAAAUUGAGCAAAUAGUCAGUUAA